AUGAUACGUGUCCUCUUUGAUACACCAUUCAAUGUACCAAGUCAGUGCAAUCAAGUGGCAUCGGCCGGAAAAUGCCGUGUAGAGUUUACUUUUUGGUACUAUCUUCAAGAAUAUGUCGUGGCAUUCAAAGCUGAGUCGUCGAAUACCAUCAUUAGUACGGAUAAUCAACAUCAUACCAUGAUUGAAAUACGACCAACCGUUUCGUUCUACUUUAAGUAUGACAUCCAUCAUGUAUGCAAGGAUAGAGGUGACUGCGCUCAAGAAUUUGCACGAACCACAAUAACUGAAAUGCUUAAGCGUCAAAUUAAUUAUCUUUCUAUCGUAAGUGAACUUAGACCUCUAGUCUUAGUUGAUCCACAAUCUCCGAACAAUACGGACCUUGUCUGUUUCGACCCAAAAGAAAAUGUGCGCCAAUGUGCGAUUGCAACUAAUCGUGGCUCAUGUGUAAUUUCGGAUAAAUUAACAGAAAAUGAAAUAACUCGUUAUUGUAACAAUGACAUGCAGGCCAUGUUGGGGUAUUUAAAUAUUUCUGAUUUGGGUAGCUCUGCUACAUUUGAUGUUCAUUGUACUCGACCCUUAUGUAAUGGACACUUAACACUAAAAGCUGUUAAAGACAUUCUGUUCAAGUACGGCCUAACAAAAACACCUGAAGGACGAUUGAAUAAUGGUUCACAAUGUAUAAAAAUAUCUAUUUGGCUCAUUGUUAGUCUAUUGACAAAUUGGAAUUAG